AUGGCUGCUAUUGCUGAAAUAAUCGAUACAAAUUAUAUUGUGGAUAAAUCUGGAAAUCAAAUUGAUUUAAAAGCAACAUGUACAGGAAAAACUGUUGGACUUUACUUCAGUGGACAUUGGUGUCCACCAUGUGAAGAUUUUACAAAAUCCUUGAUUGAUUUUUAUCAAAAAUAUUCGAAUAAAAAACAAUUUCAAGUCAUAUUUAUUAGUUCAGAUCGAAAUGAAAUUGAAUUUAGACGUUAUUCAUCGUCAAUGCCAUGGUUAAUUCUCAAAUAUUCUGAGCGUACAAAAAAACAAGAAUUAGUUCAAAAAUUUAAAAUUGAUGGUAUUCCUCAUUUACUUUUAAUGAAUGCGGACACGGGAGAAAUUUUAUGUCAAGAUGCCAGAGAUCAAUUGCAAACAUUUGAUAAACAAGGGGAAAAUUUUCCAUGGAAUAAUAUUUAUUAA